UAGGGAAGGCCCUAAAAAAACUAUUAAAUGACGUAACUAGGUUUUCCGUUUCUUUGUUUGGAUCGCCUCUUGGCCACGCCCUCCUCCACCAGAUCCACAAUAAAAGAGCCAGGAUGUGUGUGUAUUUGUGUGUGUGUGUUACUCCAGCCUGUGUGGACAACAGGUGCACCACCGCUCCGGUGAUAAUGCCUACAGAGCGCCUGUAUUCGCUCUGCGCAGGGCUUUUCAGGUUACACUCGCUGCUUUUUAUGUCUUGAUUUCCUUCAUUAUUUCUGACCGCAAAGAUGCCUUUUCCGCCAAUCAGCCUCCAACAGCGGAUCUCCUCUCCUGGCAGGGAACUAUUUGGGAAAAAGAAGGCCAACGCAGACCACUCUCAGGCUGUACAAACCGGCAAAUCUGGAUCCGAAAAGGGAAAACAGCCCAGUUCCUGGGCAUCAGCAAACCUGCGGAAUCUGGGGCGAAGAUCGCAGCCGGAGAAGAAUAAAAGCCAAGCCCAGAAGCCCAGUUCGGGGCAAGAGACUCAGGGAAAGUCCUCCUGGCUGUCGGUGCCCAAACCGCAGGAUCCAUCCUUGGGAAUAAGGCGCUCCAGUUCAAUGGACUCCGCCAGACAUCUCAGUGGGAAAGAGGAAACAAAGAAGGAGAUCCAGUUCUCGCUCAGCCUCACUCCUGAAGCCAUUCUAGUUAUUAAAAAGCGGAACCUGGAGAAGCAGAUGAUGGCCAAGCAGCAGAAGUGCUGCGCCUCCGCGGACUUUCGGCACCGGCGAGUUUUUCCGUCCAAAAAGGCGCACGGAGCGUCCAAGUGCUGCGCUCCGGGCGGCAAGUCGGUCAGCGCGGAACAGCAGGACAUUACCGCCAUUGUUAAAAUAUCUCUGCUGAACGAUCAAUACAAGUACGAUGAUGUGGAGUACGAGGAUGAGGACGGGGAUGUGGAUGAGACCGUUGUGAGGAAAUGCAAAGAGUGGCUGAAAGGAGUGGAAAACGCAGCUGCUUUGGUGAAAGCAGACAAACUUUCAGCACUUCCGCACCUCAAAGGCUGCUGACACCUGACUUCAAAUCUUUAUUAUUAUUAUUAAGUUGGAAGAAAGACAUGACGGACUAAUUUGUUUUAUUUGCAAGACUUCAGACAAGUGAAGGAGAUCUACUCUAAGAGAAUGUCAGGAUUUAAAAAGAUGUCACUAAGUCUAAAAUGCCAAAAAGGGCAGACUACUUUUAGAUAAGAAACAUUCAAGAAUACAGUUCAGGUUUAUAAGAGUCACGUUCUUUUUUUCUUUUUUUAAAAUCAUCUUUGUUCAAGUUCAGAUGCCAUUUUGCUCUCACUUUCUUCUCAGUUUCUCUUUGCACAUGGAUUUAUUUUUUUUUUCUUCAGUGGGCGUCUGUGGAUUGGCUGAGGUCAGUGGAGGCAGCCAAAGCUCUCUUCUCCUUUUGUUAGAGAACAAUAAACUGCUGGAGAACAUCAGCGACUCAUGCACAGACUGACUGAAACCCAGCGCGGAUUCUUUGGUUUUUAUCUCCUGCUAAUUGGGUUGAAUUGAUCAAUCAGUGAUGUGGUGAAUUCAGGACAAAAUGUAUAAUCUGAGCAUCAAAACAAAACCCUUUUGUCGAUAAAAUCUAUUUUCUAAAUUAGUACCUUUUUUGUCCCAUUUUACCAAAUGACAUGGUAAAUUGAGACGUUCUAAACGAAAUAUAUCACUGUUGUCAACACAUAAGAUCUGAUAUAAAGAUUUAAAUUAACACGUUUUUGAAAGCAGUAAAAGUUUAUUAUGCGAGUUGUUGUGGUAGGUAGAGAAAAGAAAGUGCAAGGAGAGCAACAAUAACUAGACAAUUGUGAAUAACUAAUUUAUUCCUCACAAGAAUGGAUCAUCUUUUCAGAUGAAUUUAUUUAUUUUGACAAAAUGUACAUUCAUCUAAAGUUAUGAAUAAAGAAUCAAGCUGUUGGUAAUUAUGUCAGCUUUUUACAGAGCUUGUAAAACUUUGACCAUUUUAGUGACAGACCAAUGCAAAUAUACAUGGUUUACUAUUUUUAUUUAUCAAACUGAUGAGCAUCCAUAACAAGUACCAUAAUUACAGCUAAAUUGUGCCGAGUGUCAAACAUAGUCUUGUCUCAGUUAUGAUAAAGCAGAGAGCCACGCUUUCAUAAAAUAACAAACAUAACUUUUCUCACAUAAACUGAAGAACUCAAAGCUAUGAAACACAUUAGGUUAAUUGUUAAAUUUGAUUACAAAAAAAAACACCCCGAUUUACCUGAAUUCACCCUUAUCACAAAAUGUUGAUACAGUCAAAUAUUUUAUCAGCUGAAAUUUCUUAUUCAUUUUGAAGUAAAAAAAAGUUCUUAUAUGAACUGGCCAUAUUAAAUUGCUUAGAUUUAUUUGUUUCUUCUUGUGUAUUGUACUCCUGCUGAUUUGUGGUCUUUAGGUCUCUUCUUGUUGCUGCUUCCCAGACAGCAUUUUCAUAAAGGCUCUUUGUUUCUGCUGUGCAGCUACCUGGGGCCAUUUGGGCAUUAGCGUUUUAAGCUUCUUAGAUUUCCUGUUAAGCAGGGUUGACCAAUGAGUGCUGCAUGCGUGCCCAGGUACAUCAUUCCUGCAGGAAAUUACCUCCAAAAUAUGUUGAUACAUCAAACUAAAUAUGCCACUAAUGUUUGUACAAGAAUGACACUUUAUUUCCUGUAUCUCUUUUUUAGAGUUAGGUAUGUUGCAUAAAUAACGUUUGAUGUUCUCUAUUGUUUUCUGCAAUAACUAUGUUUUUACCCUGGAAAUGUGUUGCUCAGGGAAAAACAGCUGAUCAGGAAACGAAAUACAGUCAAUGUCACAGUGGAAGAGAAAUAAAGUUAUAGAAGGACUUUUGUGCUUCUGUGUUGAUUAAUUUCGCCUUAUCCUGUGUGUUUGUGCACAUUAGAUCACAAAACAAUAAUUACAUUCAAGUGGAAGUUCAUUCAGGUACUUUCUGUAACUGUGUAACAAGGUGUUUCUGUCAUCUGUGGUUUGUUUGAAACUAUCAGAACGAAUGAGUUCUGAUAGUUGUGUUGUAAAUGCUUUCAUAAAAUCUGUAUUUUUAUUUGGAAUCUUGAGAUUUUAUUGAUUAAUUUGGCCUUUUCUUGACUGGGAGAAAACAAAUGACAGUCUGCAGCUUGAUCAAGUGUUUCCACAGGAGCUCAAAAUGUGUUCAAUUAUAAGCACACACCUGACUAAUAUUUGACCAAAUAUCUGUAGGGAAUUUGUAGGAAAAAUUUGGUAACCACUAAUAAGCUUCUGGCAUAAUUUUUUUGAACUGACUAGUUGUUUAUAUGAUGUAAAGUUGAAUAAUUUAGAAAUAAUGGUUCUUUCUUAUUCCACCUACUUUGUGCAACACACCAACAGUACAAGAAGCUAAUAGACUGAUAUCAUAAUGCUUCCCCCAUCAUGCUUGCUAGUUGAUAAAGUCUCACCUUGGCUCCUUCAGAAAGUUGUCUUAUCAAUGUUCUCAAAAAGAUGAAUCUUUAUCUCUUCUGGUUAUGAAACAUUUUCUGUUGAAGUGCAGUGAAUUUGUCCAGUUAUCCAGCUACAGAUGCUUGAAGGUGAUUGUUUUAGUCUCCUUUCUCAGUCUUCACACUCUCAAUGUUUUCAACAUCGACCAAUGCCUCAGUGGCUCCUGGGUUGUUCUUGAACAUCCUUACUAGUUUAAUUUCAUCUGACCUGGACAGUUUGGGUCAGCUGGUUGAAACUUGGAUUGCAAAAAAAAA